AUGUUGUCGGCGUCGCACUGGAGGAGCCUCCGCCAGACGUUGAUGGUGCUCUUCACCUCGGCGCUCCUCAUCGGAAUCACCAUGCUGGCCAUCUCCUCUGACAUCAACCCCGUCGGGUUUUUCUUCCUAACGGUGGGGGGCCUCUGCUUGGUCGGGUACCUCAUCAGCCUGGUGGUCGAGUAUUACCUGAAGCCGGAGGAUCUCGCAAACGAGAACGGCUCUGCCUCAAGGAGACAGAGUCACGCUAGAGACAAUGAGGCGUAUGAAGCGCCGACGUAUGAGGAGGUGGUGGGAACCAGCCAGGUCUCGACAGUCUGGACCAUCACGUCUGGCAAUGCAACCUCCCCAGGGGACCCGCCUCCAUACAGCGUGGUUAUCGAGCCCCCCACCCACAGCGAGACCGUUGUGCAGGCAUUCAGCGUCUCGGUGGCCCCGGGCACACGCCGUGCCUCGGAAGCAGACAUGCACAACAAGCUGCGCCUCAGACUGGUGCUCCCGCCGAGCCUGCAGCGAUUUGUCUCGGAGGACCCCGACCUCAAAGGGGCCGAUGAGCACGUGGUUCAUUUGGAGCCGCUCACGCCGCCUCCUUCUUACGACAAUUUACCCGGCGAUGAGGUCUUCGAAGAAGCGGCCGAGCCCACAAGGCUAUGA